AUGAAUUUUGAUCAACACCGAUCUCAUCAUCAUCAUCAUUAUGAUUCAAUUCAAAUAACAAAUCAUAAUGGAGAACAAGAUGAAUAUGUGAACGGAGACGAACAAGAGGACAAACAACAACAAGAAAACUCCUCAUCGCAACAAGAAUCUCGUAUACAACCACUAAAACAUGAAGAUGAAUUAAAAACAAAUGAGAAUGAUGUUAUUCCUACCACAGAUGAAACUAUUGCUACAAUAACACCUUUAGCUAUUUCUAAUUGUGAAGAAUCAAUAAAAGAUGAAACAGUCGCCGAUGAAGUAAAAACAGUCAUAGAUGAAACGACAGCAACAACAACAACAACAACUGACACUCUACCUUCGACAACUACCCUUCCGUCAAUAACCGAAACAACCUCAUCCGAACUACCUCCAACAACAUCGAAUCCAUCUGUUGCUCGAAUUCUUGUUAAACCUGGACAAAUAUUUCGUGUACAAGUUGAUAAUGAAGUGAAAGAAGUGCACGAAGAAGGAAAUUGUACAACAGAACGGACGUCGACCUAUGAUCGUCGAAUGCACUAA